GACAGAACAAAAGAUUUUCGUCUCGCUAUUUUAAUCAAACCCUUUUACCAUUUCAAAAAAAAUACUUAUCAAAGAUGACUACUAUUGACACUUAUCGUGAAGGUGAACUAAUGGAGGGCUUAAAGUUCGAGGAAGGAUCAAUAGAAUCUCAAUUAAAAACCAUUAAUGAGUUAAAUGAACAACGAGAAAAUGAUCAAAAGACUAACCAAGAUCUUAUAGAACUUAUAGAAAAUUUAACCAAAGAGUUAUCGGAAAAACAAAAUGAGUGCAAAAAUUUAUUGGAUAGAAAUCAGAGGCUCGAUGAUGAGAAAAAAGAUAUAUCUACUUAUAAACAAUAUAUUCAAAGGUUUCAAGCAAAUAAAGAAGUUUUAGAAAAAAACAUCAAAGAACUCGAAGAACAAAACGUUUUUUUGGUGCAGCAGAUUAGCAAACAUGAUCAAUCGAUCUCACAACUUCAAAAAGAAAGAGACGAUAAUUAUAUUAAACUCGUUUCUUCAAAUAAUCAUAAUGAACAAAAGGACCGGAAAAUUAAAGAAUUAAGAGAUGAGGCAUCUAAAUUACAAGCAGCACUUGGUAACGCGACUACUUUUCGUUUAAAUGACGAUGAUAAAAAUAGCACCACACAACUUAAUACCGAUAUUGAAAACUUACAAGAUUUGGUUGAAAACUACGUCAGCAAUUUAAAAGGAGGCGUUAAUAUCGAUUUUAAUAAAGUAAACCAACUUUUAAAUAUUUAUGGUUCCCAAACACAGAUUGAUCCACAGACACCAAAUAAGCCUUUAAUUAAAGCAGUAUUACAACGCCAUGUUUUAACAAAAAUUUUAAAAUUUGCGGACAGUUAUUUUAAAAUAGAUUUUAAUCAAGUUGAUGAAAAUUUAUCAUAUUUGCUUGAGUCUAACAUUGCCUAUAAAACAAAUGACUUGAUCAAAUCCAUUGAAAGAUUAUCAUAUGAACGUGUUGGAUCAGAUCUUGUAACUCAAGCAGCGCCUAUUAAAUUACGUCAACAAAUUUUUGCCGUACUUGGUUAUCGCGGAUUCUCUGAUACAUUUGAAAAUGGUUUACAUCCUUUUAUUUCAGAAUGGCAAGAGCAACUUAAUCAGUCUAUAAAUCGAUAUCGUUCAUUCAAAGAUCCUAAAAAAAGUGCUUCACUUGAUGAGAAAGCAAUUGGAUUAAUUAGUGAAGUUAUUAGAAUAUUCUUUUUCCGAUUCAAAGUUCAGGAACCAACAAUCAAGUAUCAUUGGUUUCAAUAUGGUGAUAAAAUAACCAAGAAAUAUAUGAAAGUACUGUGUGAUGAUGAUGAAAUUGAAGAAGCGUUUGUCGAUAUUUGUUCUUUCCCAUUAAUUGGAAGAGAUUUCAAUGAUGAUUCAAAACGCAAAAUAUUCACUCAUGCUAAAGUUUUUUCACGAAUCGAACCUAAGAAAAAAAGUUUGAUAAACAGCGUUACUACUAAAGUUACUACGUUUACUAAAGGCAUUCAAAACGUAAUUACCAGAGGAGAUCAAAAAGACAAGAAUGAUGAAAAAAUUUUCGAACGACGAGAAAACCCGCAUUUUCAAUCUACCUCUACGCAAAAAUCUUAUUACAAUUAUACAGAGUCUAAUAAUGCUACUGAUUCUAAGAUGAAUGUAGAUUCUUCUAAUCAAACAUCCUAUUAUGGAUAUUAUACAGAGUCUAAUAAUGCUACUGAUUCUAAGAUGAAUGUGGAUUCUUCUAAUCAAACAUCCUAUAAUGGAUAUUAUACAGAGUCUAAUAAUGCUACGGAUUCUAAGAUGAAUGUGGAUUCUUCUAAUACUGGGAUUAAUGAAGGUUUUUCCAAAACAGAAGGUACAUAUACCGAAUCUUCUAAUGAUCCUCCCAAAACUGGUAAGACUGAUAAUUCUUCUAAUACCAAUGAAACUGUCGAUUCUUCCUCUAUUACUCACGAAACUAAUAAUUCUUUUAAAACUAAAGAUUCUUCCGAAGCUGGCAUAAUUAAUAAUCCUUUCGAAUUUCAAGAGACAAAUGAUUCGUCCAAUAAAACUCAAGAGACAAAUGAUUCUUCCAAUAAAACUCAAGAGACAAUUGAUUCGUCCAAUAAAACUCAAGAGGCAAAUAAUUCUUCCAAUAAAGCUCAAGAUUCAUCCAAUAAAACUCAAGAGACAAAUGGUACUUCCAAUAAAACUCAAGAGAUAAUUUAUUCGUCCAAUAAAACUCAAGAGACAAAUGAUCCUUCCAAUAAAAUUCAAGAGACAAAUGAUUCGUCAAAUAAAACUCAGGAGGCAAAUGAUUCUUCCAAUAAAGCUCAAGAGACAAAUGAUUCGUCCAAUAAAACUCAAGAGACAAAUGAUUCUUCCAAUAAAACUCAAGAAACAAAUGAUUUUUCCAAUAAAACUCAGGAAACAGAUGAUUCUUCCAAUAAAGCUCAGGAAACAAAUAAUUCUUCCAAUAAAACUCAAGUGACAAAUGAUUCUUUCAAUAAAACUCAAGGGGCGAAUGACUCUUCCAAUAAAACUCAGGAAACAAAUGAUUCUUCCAAUAAAACUCAAGAGACGAAUGACUCUUCCAAUAAAACCCAAGAGACAAAAGACUCUUCCAAUGAAACUCGGGAGACAAAUGAUUCUUCAAAUGAAACUCAAGAGACAAAUGAUUCUUCCAAUAAAACCCAAGAGACAAAUGAUAAAACUCAAGAGACAAAUGACUCUUCCAAUAAAACUCAAGAGACAAAUGAUUCUUCCAAUAAAAUUCAAGGGACAGAUUAUUCGUUCAAGACUGAAGAUUCUUCUAAAGCUAAUAAUAUUACCAAUUCCUUCAAAGCUGAUAAUGAUGAUGACUCCUCUAAAACUGGUAAAAUUGGGAAUUCUUCAGAGGCUGAUGAUUCCUCCACAAAUAGUAAGAAUGAUGAUUUUGUUAUAGUUGAUCAAGUUGAGACAUAA